UCCCUCUUCUCACCCCCCUCCUCUCCGAUUUUCCCGCCAACACCCACUCGCCUCUCCACUGCUACCGUGCGCCGUUGCCGCCUGUGCUUUUCCCAAGUUAUAUCUUCUCCCUUUCUCGGCUAUCGUUUCCUCAUCUACCCAAACCUCACCACCAACUCCCCUCACUCGCGUGUUGCCAACAUGCGGACCCGGGUUUCCAGCGUCAUCGCCUGGGCUCUGCUCGCCGUCGUUCUGACAGCCUCAGAUUCCCAUGGAGAUGGAGCGGGACCAGGUGCAUUGCCGUCAGUCUCUCCUGCCACGACGGCCAAUGCCUCGACUGCGAUCGCCCCCAACGUCACCGCUGCGCCCACCACAGCGAACGGCACGCUGACGCCACCCACAGCAGCAAACGUAACGCAGAGUGCGAAGCCCUCUCCUGCGAACAGCACCGUGCCGCCCAGCACCGCCGGCCCACACAAUGCCAGCACAGCCGCGUCCAGCGUGACGCCCAACAACGCCACCAAUGGCACGACGUCUAGCCCCGCGGCCUUCUCCACCGCCCCCGCCCACGCCUCAUCCACGGCCUCGGCCGCGGGCGUCGUGCCGUCGGACGGGUCUGUCCGCUCGUUCGACGCCGUGAGCUUCGUGGGCGGCGUGGUGCUGGCCGUGGCGGUGCAGGCGCUGCUGUUCUUCGCCUUCAAGUACUUCCGUACGCGCAACCCGCGCUACCAGCACCUGGGAGACACGGACGCCAUCAUCUGAGACGACGGACACUCAAGUCUGCGGAGAUGCUCCUUGUCCUCCCCCGUGUCUCCUCCUCCUCAACCCUCCCCCGUCACACACCCUGCGAUGGCACCCCUGGGUUUAAUUGUGCCACCCCCUACGAUGUCACGCCUUACCGCUGCGAUAAUUGUGCCACCCCCCCCCCCUACCAUCACACGCCUUGCGAUGGCACCGCUGGGAUUAAUUGUGCCACCCCCCUACUAUAACAUGCCUUGCGAUGGCACCGCUGGGGUGAAUUGUGCCAUCCCCUACCAUCACACGUAUUGGGAUGGCACCCCUGGGAUUAAUUGUGCCACCCCCCCCCCUACCAUCACACGCCUUGCGAUGGCACCGCUGGGAUUAAUUGUGCACCCCCCCUACUAUCACAUGCCUUGCGAUGGCACCGCUGGGGUUAAUUGAGCCCACCCCCUACCAUCACAUGCCUUGCGAUGGCACCCCUGGGAUUAAUUGUGCCACCCCCUACUAUCACAUGCCUUGCGAUGGCACCGCUGCGGUUAAUUUUGCCAUCCCCUACCAUCACACACCUUGGGAUGGCACCGCUGGGGUUAAUUGUGCCAUCACCUACCAUCACACGCCUUGCGAUGGCGCCGCUGCGGUUAAUUGUGCCAUCCCCUACCAUCACACGCCUUGCGAUGGCACCGCUGGGAUUAAUUGAGCCCACCCCCUACCAUCACACGCCUUGGGUUGGUGCUGUUGGGGUUAAUUGUGCCAUCCCCUACUAUCACACGCCCUGCGAUGGCACCGCUGCGGUUAAUUGUGUUACCGUGGGGAAAACUGUAGUACUCCUCAAAACCGUUCACAAAUCAUUGGGCUCUGUUCUUUUACUUCAGGUGAUUUUUUUUUCUCUCUCCAACGAGAUUAACGUUGGUCUUUACUAAGCAAUGAAAUAUGUUGAUGUAGCCGCAUAAAAGAAAAAAAUCGGUGCCAACGGCACCUUGAAAUUUGCUUUGGGAUUCGCCUUAAGAAUUUGCUGCGCGCGUCGAUUUGAUUGUCGUAAAUUAGGCGGUCGCUUUGGAUUCUGCUGUUCUAUUUCUUUAUUUUCUCCGAAGCAAACUUUUUUUGGGGGAGAUGGGAUUAUGCGGGAUAUACUUUAUGCAAAAAAAAAUAAUCGCGAGUGAAAAUCAUAAUCGUAUCGUUACCAGAGAUUGUUUUUUUUCCUUCCAAAGACUUAAAUAAAAAAUAAUGUAUUUAAACAA